AUGCGACUAAAAUUACAUAAUCCCAAAGAAUUUUAAUGAGGUAAGUUUUUUUGGGGGGGUGUCAUCACUGUCAAAUGCAUGCGGCAAGUUUCCAGCAACCACUUUUAUGCAUUCUUAGAGAAAACAAGGGGCACCAUAGGAAACUUCUUUGGUAGGAUCUGGGAAGCUGCCUGGACUUAAGACAGUAACAACUGUCAGCCUUCAAAUAGCCAAAAACACUCUGAAGUAUGCGUUAUUCCUUAAAAAGCAGAUAAUACUAGUACAGUAUUGGCUGGAAACGUGAUUUAAAAGCCCUCUCUUUAGGCCAAGCGUCGUAUAGAGGGGAGCGGGCAAGCGGUUAGCGCACCGCCAUGACAAGCACCGGUCAAGCUGUCUUCCGGGCUUUGUCAACGCGCGCAUGCGCUAUGACGCCCCACCGCGGCAGGAAGCGGGGCGCGCGGGUGUGACGUCACCGCGCGUGGUCCAUCGAGGCAUCGCGGUGAUGGCGUCUCCCCGAGAGUCCUUGGCGGACGACCCGGCGGAGGAUCCGCUGCGGAGCUUUGUGAGAGUUUUGGAGAAACGAGAUGGCACCGUGCUACGUCUGCAGCAGUAUAGCUCCGGCGGCGUGGGUUGCGUUGUCUGGGAUGCUGCCAUUGUCCUUUCCAAAUACCUGGAGUCGCCGGGGUUUUCCGGCGACGGGACCCACUCGCUGAGCCAGCGGUCGGUGCUGGAGCUGGGGUCGGGCACCGGGGCCGUGGGGCUCAUGGCCGCCACGCUUGGGGCAGAUGUUGUAGUCACCGAUCUUGAGGAAUUGCAAGACUUGCUGAAGAUGAACAUUAGUAUGAACAAGCAUCUUGUCACUGGUUCUGUUGAAGCCAAGGUACUGAAAUGGGGGUCAGAGGUAGACGACUUUCCUUCACCGCCAGACUACAUACUGAUGGCUGACUGCAUAUAUUACGAAGAGUCUUUGGAGCCACUGCUGAAAACUCUAAAAGAUCUCAGUGGAUCUGAAACUUGUAUCAUAUGUUGCUAUGAACAACGUACAAUGGGGAAAAAUCCAGAAAUUGAGAAAAGAUAUUUUGAGCUUCUUCAGCUAGACUUUGACUUUGAAAAAAUUCCUUUGGAAAAACAUGAUGAAGAGUAUCGAAGUGAAGAUAUUCAUAUUAUACACAUCAGAAAGAAAAAAUCGAAAUUGCCAUCAUGAAAACUUUAGCUGUCUUACCCAAGCCUUUGCCAAUAUGGGUAAACUAACGAUGUGAAUGCGGCAUGGGAAUGCAGCAUGGGACGACUGUUCACAGACUUUUCCAGCAUGUCCUUAGAGAUCCGGUACAUGGAUGACAACCACCAUGGGCUGCCUGCAAUAUGAAAAAUACUGCCUGCCUGCCAGUGGGCCUGAAAUCCAACUUAGGUUUACUUAGCUCACCAUCAAGUUCUGCUUAAAUAAACUGAAAAUCCGUCCCUCAGAAUUGGUAUUUAGGUUAGCUAAAGUCUGCCAGAAAUAGUGAUGCAGCGUGGUAACUCAGCACAUUUCCAGGUGGCUGGAGAUAAAUUGAUCCAAUUUCUGAAGACACACUUUUGUUACUGUAUAAUGUUUUAAAUUCAAAGGAGCACAUUUUAGUUUGGGUAGGAUAGGAUAGGAUAGGAUAGGAUAGGAUAGGAUAGGAUAGGAUAGGAUAGGAUAAAUUUAAAAGGCUUCACUUUACAUAAUUAUGAGUAGAUUUAUCUUCUGCUUCAUAAAUCUUUAAUACCUAAAUGUUCUUUUACUUUAAAAAAAAAAAACCUGAGACUGUUGUGUUGUAUUCUUAUAUUAGCCAAAGUUUUAUUCAUGUCCUCCACCAUGGGUAUGUGAGUGGUUUAAAUAGUAAAUGAUAAACAGUUACUAAAAAGACAAAUCCAGAGAUUAGGGGAACACGGGGUACUGUACCUUUGCCUGAUCGUCACUUGGGAAUGGAGUGAGAAUAGAAAGCCCAGCUGAGGCAUAGGCACUUCCAUAGCUUGUGCAGUUUUCCUUGUGUGUGUAUUCAGGGGAGUACUUCAGAGACACUGGUGUUAAGUUAACCUGUUUACAUGAAACAGAGAAAGAUUGCUGGAUAACUGCAAAUGUAAUUCCAUUUACCUAGGGGUCUUUUCCUCUGUGUUGUCUUUUGUUGCGAUAAUCGUCCAUCUGCGGACUAAGCUUCGAGGACACGUCGUCACAUUCCUUCCAAAGAGUCGGAGCCAGAUGGAAUCCGGGCACUCACGGGCAGUUGGUGCUAGGUAGCACAUUUAAUGUGUUAAAAUAAACCUUGUUUUUAAGACCUUG